UUCCUGUCUGUUAAUGAAGCUCAGAUUUAAUGGAAAAUCAUCUGAUUAUGAAAAUAUUCUGUUAUUAUAACUCAUCCGUCUUCAUUUGUCUCCACAGAACCGUUUCCAGUCUGGGCCACAGUUCUACUGGUUCUACUGGUUCUACUGGUUCUGGCUCUGGUUGCUGCUGCAAUUUAUUACUUGUUCCUUUGGAGACCAGCCCCAGAACAGGUGAUGGUGGAAUCAGGGGAGAAGUUUGUCCUGCUGCCCUUAAAAGUCCCACGCUGCCUGUGGUUCUGUAAAUACAGAAUCUUCCAGCUUGUGGCUAAAGUGGAGUGGAAGAACGAAUACAACAGGACGGUCCAUGUGUAUCAGAACGGUUCUGAUCAGCCUGGAGAACAGAACCUGAAAUACAGAACCAGAACCAAGAUGGAUGAAAACCUGCUGAAGACUGGAGACCUCAGUCUGACUGUGAGAUGGCCCAGUGACGAAGACGAGGACACCUUCACCUGCAGAGUUUAUAACAGGAAGGGAGACGUCCUGAUGAUGAAAGACGUCUGGCUAAAGGUCAAAGUCCAACAGGUGGAGGUGGACCCAGGGGAGGAGUCUGUCCUGCUGCCCUGCAGAACCAGAGAGAGUCUGGAUGGAGACGUUAAGGUGGAGUGGAAGGACAGAGGCAACAGGACGGUCCAUGUGUAUCAGAACGGUUCUGAUCAGCCUGGAGAACAGGACGGGUUCUACAGAACCAGAACCAAGAUGGAUGAAAACCUGCUGAAGACUAAAGACCUCAGUCUGACUCUGGAACGGCCCACUGAGAGAGACAGAGGGAUCUUUACCUGCAGAGUCUACAGAGACAGAGACAUGCUGAUGAAGAAACAAAUUAAUCUCCAGGUCAAAGUCCCAGAACGGGUGGAGGUGAGAUCAGGGGAGGAGUCUGUCCUGCUGCCCUGCAGAACCAGAGAGAAUCUGGAUGGAGACGUUAAGGUGGAGUGGAAGGACAAAGACGACAGGACGGUCCAUGUGUAUCUGAACGGUUCUGAUCAGCCUAGAGAACAGGACGAGAUCUACAGAACCAGAACCAAGAUGGAUGAAAACCUGCUGAAGACUGGAGACCUCAGUCUGACUCUGAGACGACCCGUUCAGAGAGACGGAGGGAACUUCACCUGCAGCAUCUACAACAGGAAGGGAGACGUCCUGAUGGAGAAAGACGUCUGGCUAAAGGUCAAAGUCCAACAGGUGGAGGUGGACCCAGGGGUGGAGUCUGUCCUGCUGCCCUGGAGAACCACAGAGAAUCUGGAUGGAGACGUUAAGGUGGAGUGGAAGGACAAAGACAACAGGAUGGUCCAUGUGUAUCAGAACGGUUCUGAUCAGCCUAGAGAACAGGACGAGUUCUACAGAACCAGAACCAAGAUGGAUGAAAACCUGCUGGAGAAUAAAAACCUCAGUCUGACUCUGAGACGGCCCACAAGGAGAGACGGAGGGAUCUACACCUGCAGAGUCUACAGAGACGGAGACAUCCUGAUGGUGAGACGAGUUCCGCUCAAGGUCAAAGCAGGGACAGACCGGGUCCAACCAGAGGACAGGAGGACCAGAAGCAACUCUAUUGAUCAGCCUCUAAUGGGUGAUCAAUUAGUCUGAUCAGGUUGAUCAAUCUCUGAUUAUUGAUCCAGCCAGACUUUGGAUCAGAGCCGAUCUCAGUGAAGGUUCUGAUGGACCAACAGAGGACACUUCCUGGUCCUCUGGUCCAGUCUGCAGCCUCUUAUUGAUCACUAUUGAUUAUUGAUGACAGAAUGAAGAUCUGAAGGAACCAGUUCAUGACUGGAACUGGAACUGGUUUGGAUCCAUCAGGGAGGAGAACAGUUCAGUUUGACCCAGGACCGCCGCCCUCCUCCUCCUCCCUCCUCCUCCUCCCUCUUCCUCCUCCCUCCAUCAUCAUCUCCAUCAUCUUCAUCAUCAUCAUCUUCAUCUUUUUCUCUUCAAACCCAAAAAUCUCUGAAUUUUUUGCUUCCAGUCCAGAAUUUGGAUCUUUAGUUUAGAGCUGCACUGAUUGUAAUUUUCCGGCCGAUUAAAAAUCUUUAAAAUUUGACCUGCUGGUUCUAAUUUUGGCCUUUUUUUCUGAAAUGUUGCUACAUAUCAGGAGAAAGUUGCUGAGUUGCCAACAGACUGACUGCAAACAUUGAGUUCUGACCCGGUGGGCCGGUCUGCCAGUCAAACGUCUCUCUGAUUUCUAGACCUUCGCUGAGGAAGAGAAAAUCGUCUUCAUGUCUAAAUAUCGGCUGAUAUUUCAGGAAAUCAGCUCAGAUAAAAUGACUGGCAGAGAAAUUGUUGCACCAAAGAAAACCUGGAAAUAUUUUGUUCCUUUAUGGUUCAUGUAAAGUCCAGUUACACUUAUUGCAUUUAUUAAUCUUUAUUACAUUAUAAUGCAGAUUAUUCUAGUCCUGGAUUAUAAUCUAACUCUGAAAAUCAUCCUAAAGUGUCCAUCUGGUUUCUAUAUGAAUCCUGCCUUAUUAAUGUUUUCAUUAUAAAUAAUAGAAGCUUCUUUAUCUCACUUUUUUAUUUUAGACACAAUUUGAUUGUAAAAGUGAAAACCUACUAACACCAUAAACUGUUAUUUUAUAAAAUACAGAAUUUGAACAUAGUUCCAGAUUUCUGAUCACUAAAUGUUUUAAUUUCUGACUGAAAUAUAUUUUAUGCCUCAUUUUAUCCAUUUGUUACAUUUUGCUUUCAUGUUAAUGUGAAUUUAAAGACAAAACUUUGAAUUUUAAACCUCCAGAAUGAAGAUCUAAUUUAUUACCAAAAGAUCAUGAAAUAAUUUGAUCACUAAUAUAAUUAUUCAAUAUAUUUAGUCAGACAUCAGCUGAAGCUCUAGAAUGAGUUUUUCUAUACAUGUUACUAUUUACAGUGUUCAUAUUCUAUGCUUGUAUAUCUACUAUAAUGAUAUUUCAUGCUUGUAUUUUUUAUUUCUUGUGAAUUUUUAGAUUUAUUUUACAUUUUCUCGGCGCUUUAAGGCUGAAUGAAUCUGAUUCUCUGGUUUCUGAGUUUUUCUCUGCUGGUUUUAUUUUCAGUCAGGAUGAAAAAAUAGUUUUUAUUUUAAAUCUGGAUGUUUCCUGAAUCUGCAGAAUCAAAUUGAGAAUCAUUUGAAUUAUUGAUCCCUAAUAACAGAUGAACUGAUUGGUGCUGAAGGUUAAUCAAUAUUUAUCUAAUCAUAAAUAUCUAUUUCACUUGCUGGAAUCCAUGGAUAUACAGAGUUUUUAUUAAUUUGGCUGGAAAAUAACGUUUUAUUUUCAGACCAAAUCAGUUUCCAGAUUUUAUAGAUUUUUUUAGUUUAAAAUGAAAACAGAAAAUAUUUUCAUAACUUUGUUUUCUUUACUGAUUUAUUUCGUCCCUUCAGGGAGUCGACCUGAAUCCAAACUAAAACAUCCUGGUUGGUCCUGAUUUCACUCUGAACUACAGAAAACCAAAAAAAAUCCAGAUUUUCCAAAAAUUAAAUCCUCAAACAGAAACUCAGUAAGUUUGAUACUUUUUCAUUUUUUUCUUUAAAUGCCAGUUUUAGUUUUUAAACUCAUUUUCAGGUGAAUUUUAUUUGUUUCUGCCAGGUUUUGUUAAACAUGUUUGCUAAAAUGCCAAGAUGUGCUUAAUAACAAUAAAACGUGAUAAUAAACUAAAAACUUCCGUC